AUGGAUUGUUAAAAUGAGGAAAAGGAUGAAUUAUAAAGGAUAUUAAUUUUAUCUACAGAAGUUGAUGAUGUAGUCUUCCAUAUCCUAAUUAAAAUAUUCAAGAGAGGCAAAAUUUAGGACUGUCUAGCAUUUCUCUAGGAAGAUCAAAAUCAAUUAGAAAUAGGAAAAGAUGUGGUUUAGGUAGAAAAUUUAUCACUUGUUGACGAAGAAUAGAUGAUAAGUGUGGGAAAAAAUACUGUUAACAAAAUAAUAAAUGUUCUCUAUUAAAUAAAAGAUAAUAAUUUUAAUAAACAGAAUUACUGUGUUAAAGAAUAUGAAGAAAUUAAAUAGAAUGUAAUCACAAAAGUAUCCUGUGAUCAGAGGAUCAUAGAAUUUCUUAAAUUUUUAGUUCAUCUUACAGCCUUUGAUGGUAGAUACAUAUAGUGUGGAUCAAAUUCUCUUCAUUUAUUAGUUGAAAUGAAAGUAGAUUUGAAGUCACAAUCUUUUGAAAAUAUUAAAAUAAGAAAUACUUCACUUUUUAGAGCAAAUUUUGUGAGAUGUGACUUGAGUGGAUCUGAAUUUGACAAUGUCAAUAUUAGUGGAAUUAAUUUAAAUGGAGCCAAAUUAUUGAAUUGUAAAUGGAAGAAUUUAAGAAUAAAUGAGUUAAAGCAGUUUAACGAUCAUGUCGAAACUGUCAAUUCAAUUUGCUUUUCUCCAGAUGGUAAUUAAUUAGCUUCUGGUAGUGAUGAUGAAUUUAUUCGUUUGCGGGAUGUUAGAUCAGGAAGAUUAAAUUCUAUAUUUUAAGGAAAGACGAAAGUAAAAUCAGUUUGUUUCUCACCUAAUGGUACUAUAUUAACGUCUUGUUGUCUCAAAUUUAUAUAUAUAUGGUAUCUUAAAACAGGAAAAUAAAUGUAGAAAUUAAUUGGUCAUACUCAUUAUGUUUGCUCAGUCUGCUUCUCUCCUGAUGGUACUACAUUAGCAUCUGGCAGUGAUGAUCACUCUAUCCGCUUAUGGGAUGUUAAGACAGGAUAAUAAAAAGCCAGAUUAGAUGGUCAUUCAAAUGGUGUUAGAUCUGUUUGUUUCUCUCCUGAUGGUACUACAUUAGCAUCUGGUAGUUAUGAUCACUCUAUCCGUUUAUGGGAUGUUAAAACAGGUUAAUAAAAAGCCAAAUUAGAUGGUCAUUCUAGUUAUGUGUAUUCAGUCUGCUUCUCUCCUGAUGGUACUACAUUAGCAUCUGGUAGCGAAGUUACUAUCCGUUUAUGGGAUGUUAAGACAGGAUAAUAAAAAGCCAAAUUAGAUGGUCAUUUAAAUGGAAUUCUAUCGGUAUGUUUCUCUCCUGAAGGUUCUACUUUAGCAUCUGGUAGUAAUGAUGAGUCAAUCUGUUUAUGGGAUGUUAAGACAGGAUAACAAAAAGUCACAUUAGAUGGUCAUAUAGGGAAAAUUUUAUCAGUCUGUUUCUCUCCUGAUGGUACUGCAUUAGCUUCUGGAAGUUCAGAUAAAUGUAUCCGUUUCUGGGAUAUUAAGGCAAUUUAAUAAAAGAUAGAAUUAAAUGGUCAUUCAAAUGGAAUUCUAUCGGUAUGUUUCUCUCCUGAUGGUUCUACUUUAGCAUCUGGUGGUUAUAAUAAGUCAAUCUGUUUAUGGGAUGUUAAGACAGGAUAAUAAAAAUCCAGAUUAGAUGGCCAUACAAGUUGUGUUAGAUCAGUCUGUUUCUCUCCUGAUGGCACUAUAUUAGCAUCUGGUAGCGAUGAUAGCUCUAUUCGUUUAUGGAAUAUUAAGACAGGAUUUUAAACAACUAAAAUAGAAGAUUCUGGAAACAUAAUUUUUUCAGUUUGUUUUUCUCCUGAUGGGAUUAUGUUAGCAGCUCUGUGUAGUUACUCCAUUUGUCUUUGGGAAAUUAAAACAAGAAUAGAAAAAUCAAGGAUUUGGGGUUAUAAAUUAUCUUCUAUAUGCAUGUCUCCUGAUGGCACUACUUUAGCUUAUGGUUUAGACAAUUCCAUUUGCUUUUUUAGUAUGAAAACAAGACAAAAUAAGUCUAAAUUAAAUGGACAUGUUUAAGAUAUUACAUCAUUAUGUUUUUCUCCUGAUGGUACAAAAUUGGCAUCAGGAAGCAAAGACAAUUCUAUUUAUUUAUGGGAUGUUAAAACAGGAUAAUAAAAGGCAACGUUAUUUGGCCAUAGAAGCUGUAUUGAAUCAAUAUGUUUUUCACCUGAUGGUAAAAAAUUAGCAUCAGGAAGCAAAGAAAAAUUAAUUUAUUUAUGGGAUGUUAAAACAGGAAAAUAAUGGGCAACGUUAAAUGGCCAUAUAAGUGAUAUUACAUCAAUAUGUUUUUCACCUGAUUGUACUACAUUAGCAUCUGGAAGUAGAGAUAAUUGUAUUCGUUUAUGGGAUGUUAAACUAGGACAUCAAAAAACUUAAUUCAAUGGACAUAGAAAAGGUGUAACAUCAGUAUGUUUUUCUUCUGAUGGGACUAGAUUAGUUUCUGGCAGUUAAGACAAUUCGAUUCGGUUUUGGGAUAUCAAAUCAGGACGACAAAAAUCUUAAUUAGAUGGUCAUAAAAAAGAAAUCACAUCGGUAUGCUUUUCUCCUGAUGAUACUACAUUAGCUUCAGGUAGUAGUGAUAAGACUAUUCUUUUAUGGGAUGUUAAAACAGGACAACAAUAAUUUUAAUUAAAUGGUCAUACUAGAACUGUUAUGUCAGUCUGUUUUUCUCCUAAUGGUACUUUAUUAGCUUCUGGCAGUGGAGAUAUAACUAUUAUUUUAUGGGAUGUUAAAAAAGGAGUAAAAAAGUCAUCCUUAAAUGGUCAUAGUCAUUAUGUUGCAUCGGUAUGCUUUUCUUUUGAUGGCACUUUAUUGGCAUCCGGUAGUGGAGAUAAAACAAUUUUGUUAUGGGAUGUAAAAACUGGACAACCAAAAUCAUUAUUUAAAGGGCAUACUAGUGGAGUUUUUUCUGUAUGCUUUUCUCCUGAUGGGAGUAUGUUAGCAUCAGGCAGCUAAGAUAAUUCUAUUCGAUUGUGGGAUAUUAAAACAGGACAAUAAAAGUCUUAAUUAGAUGUUCAUUGUGAUUAUGUUACUUCAAUUUGCUUUUCUCCUGAUGGUAGAACAUUGGCAUCUGGCAGCUAAGACAAUUCUAUUCGUUUAUGGGAUGUGAAAAUAGGAAAACAAAAAUCUUUAUUAAAUGGGCAUAGUAGUUGGGUUUAAUCAGUAUGCUUUUCUCCUGAUGGCACUACAUUAGCAUCAGGCAGCUAAGACAAUUCUAUACGUUUAUGGAAUGUAAAAAUAGAAAAUCAAAAAUCUUAAAUAUGUUAGCAUUAUUCAGUAGGCAUAUCAUCUGAUGGUAGUACAUUAGCAUUUGGUAAUAAUGAUGCAACUUGUUUAUUGGAUAUUAAAAGAGGACAACAAUUUAAAGAUUCAGACAAAUAAUGCAAUGAAUUUCUGCCUGAUUUUACAAUACCUAUUUAAAACAACCUCGCAUCAAUAUUUCAGGAAUUUGGUAUAUACUCUUGUUUUAUUUAGCUGAUCUGA